GGAGCAGCGAGCGGCGAGCAGGCGGCAGGCGCGGUCUGCGCGAGGAGCGGGCGAGCGGGAAGGCGAGACACAGCCACCUUCCUACCCAGGCAGCCCACAGCGGUUUGUUCCCAUCCUCGGGAGUGCGCCAAUGCCCGGGCCGACCCAAACCCUGUCCCCAAAUGGCGAGAAUAACAACGACAUCAUCCAGGAUAACGGGACCAUCAUUCCUUUCCGGAAGCACACAGUGCGCGGCGAACGUUCCUACAGUUGGGGAAUGGCGGUCAACGUGUAUUCUACCUCGAUAACCCAAGAGACUAUGAGCAGACAUGACAUCAUCGCUUGGGUUAAUGACAUAGUAUCUUUAAACUACACGAAGGUGGAACAGCUUUGUUCAGGAGCAGCCUACUGCCAGUUCAUGGACAUGCUCUUCCCAGGCUGCAUUAGUUUGAAGAAAGUAAAAUUUCAGGCGAAGUUGGAGCAUGAAUACAUUCACAAUUUUAAGCUUCUGCAAGCAUCAUUCAAGCGAAUGAAUGUUGAUAAGGUAAUUCCCGUGGAGAAGCUAGUGAAAGGGCGUUUCCAGGACAACCUGGAUUUUAUCCAGUGGUUUAAGAAGUUCUACGAUGCUAACUACGAUGGGAAGGAGUAUGACCCGGUAGAGGCACGACAAGGGCAAGACGCAAUCCCUCCUCCCGACCCGGGUGAACAGAUCUUCAACCUGCCCAAGAAGUCCCACCAUGCCAACUCUCCCACAGCAGGUGCGGCUAAAUCAAGUCCAGCAUCUAAACCAGGAUCCACACCUUCUCGUCCCUCAUCAGCCAAAAGGGCUUCGUCCAGCGGCUCAGCAUCCAAAUCUGAUAAAGACUUAGAAACGCAGGUCAUACAGCUUAAUGAACAGGUACAUUCGUUAAAACUUGCCCUCGAAGGCGUGGAAAAAGAAAGGGAUUUCUACUUCGGAAAGUUGAGAGAGAUUGAGCUCCUGUGCCAGGAACACGGGCAGGAAAACGACGAUCUCGUGCAGCGACUAAUGGAAGUCCUCUACGCUUCGGACGAACACGAGGGCCACCCAGAGGAGCCGGAAGCAGAGGAGCAAGUCCACGAACAGCAGCCCCAGCAGCAGGAAGAGUACUGAACCGUCCCGGCAGCUCUCCACACUUCCGUUUUGGUGGGAACUUCUCUUCCAGAGAAUUGGAACACGUGUGGCCUCAAGCUCAUCAGAAACCAGUUGUUCCCAGUCUGCUGUUACAUCAUCGCGCCAGCGCCCACGCCAGCACCGCCCUCGGUUCCCAUUUCCUUUGCCAAGACACACUAGCAGCGGCCAUGGGUGGCCUCCCCAAGACAUCCCGGGGGCCACACACCUUCAACUUCCCCACUUGGCUGCUUGAGAUUGGUUCUGCUCUUUGCAUUUCUUUCCAGAACAACUUCUCCCCAACCCUACCACCACCACCACCAUUCCCUUUUUAUCCUGGUGUGAAACAAUGGUAAUUUGAUAUAUGGUAUUUAUAUUGGCAUUUCUCAACCCAGUGUCACUAGAUGUCACACACAUUUGUGGUGCUUUGAUGUUUGCAAGUCUAACCUCUGUGAACAUAAAUUUGGUCAAAUAAUAAAUUGGAACAAAGGGAAAGAGAGAACUUGAUAUGAAAGCCAUAUGACAGUGACUUGUUUCAUGGGGAAAAACACAGUCAGUUUCUCCCUCCACUCACAAACAAAAGGGAAGAAAAAAGGAAUCAAAACUAGGACUUCAGGGCCUAGCAGUGUUCAUCCAUCCGCAUGUUAGACAACCACACAGUAUGUUGUUAGUUUUGAAAGACAUUCACUCAAGGAGAACACCAUCUCAACUUGGCCCUCCAACCGCUUGCCCCUCCCCCCUGCCCCCACCCAGGUUCUCAUGCUGUUUUCUUUCUCAGGGUCCUCUUUGGUGGGCAGCCACUCUCCCCAAAAGCUGUCAUCGGGUGUCUGCAGUCAGAGGGGUCUGCACAGGCACAGGUCCUUCCUGCCUCUUCGUGUGGGUUUUAGCCCCAACCCUGUCAUCCACGCUAGGGGGUUCCUCCUAAAGAAUGACUUCAGGGUGUGCAGCCCUGGGCAUGCCACACACUUGCUGGAAGGCCUGGAGUGACGACCUUAUGAUAGGAGUGCAAGCCCAAGGGAGAACCCUGCUUCUGAAGUCUGGUGUUGACACUGGAAAGACAGCACAGAAAAAUCUGACUCCCAAUGCCUUCUGGAAUAAGGAAUUCCCCCUCUUCAGUACAAUGGCCCUCCUCGUCAUUGACCUUCACUAAACCAUGGCAAUUCAUAAAUAGAGGAAACCUGAAUGAAUUAAAAGCAUUCCUUAUUUUUUUUAAACUAAUAUUUGCACAUUUUCUUAGUAUCUUUCCAAAUCUUUGCCUCCCCCCACCCCCCCCGAACCACCCCUUUGAAAGAUGGUUGGAUCAUUCAUUUCACUUUGUUUCUAACUUUAGAUUUUCUUUCACGUGUUAUUUGACUUAGCAGGUGCAACGAAAAACAAACAAGUAUGCCCCCCCCACUUUCCUCUUAACUGAAAAAGCUUCAAAUAAAUUUCUGAAUUAUGUCUCAUAAAGCUUUGACAUUUCUUUAUUAACUGAUGAAAUAUGAAUUCUAAAUUCUAGCCUUGAAGCUUUCCACCAAAAGGAGUCUUCUCAGAUCUUUGGUGGCAGAGUGGUAUUUAUCGAGUUACACGUGAAAAGGAUUGCUUGUAUUUUUGAGGUUGUUACAGGACACUGCAGAAGUGGACAGCUGUUCCGUGGGGCUUGGUUUCCGUUUCUUCUCUCUCCUGCUUGCUCUGCGCCUCGGCGACAGCUCGUUUCUCCCAGGCUGGAAUCCGGCCUGGCUCUCUGCGGUGACGUCCUCCCACACCUGGUCGCAGGGCGUGGUCGUGCUAUACUCAGCAUCUUGCUUCACGGCAUGUCCCCUCCCAAGCCUGUCGCACUCGCUGAGUUUCCUUCUUUUUAAACAGCUCUGGUGAAGAGGCACAAUAAGUAGUUCCGUGCAGGUGACACUUCAGUGGUUCCCGGCCAGUUCUUUGCUUGCCCUGGACACGUCGGUACACCCAGUGCCAGGCAAGGCAGGACCCACGCUCCCAUCAUGAGGGUGUGACUACUGGGUAGUGUGCUUAAGCCUCACCAGUGACCCUCAGCCACUCUGUUCCUCCCUAGACCCCCGACUUUCUUGGCUGUUAACAUACUGGCCAGAUACCUGGCAAAGAUAACUUUCGCCAGUCAUCCUAUUCCCGCUUCCUUCCUGGUGUCUUGGGGCAGACUCUUGGUUUAUUUAGAGAGGAGCUAUAUACUUCCCUUUCUGUCUCCAUCUGGGGCGUCUUCCACCGCACGGGACAUCACUGGUGCCUCGGGGAAUCUUUGACAGCUAAGUUUCUCCGUCCUCUUUGGCUGUACCCCAGCCUCUAGUGCAGCUCACCUCUCAUUUCCCAGGACUGCUCCUUUCUCCCUGAUGACUGUACCCUAUCAUUCAUCUCAGCAGCUAGCGUGGGCUUUCCUCCAUGUCCCCCACCCUCGUCAUACAUCCUCAUGCUGGGCUGAGAAGCAUCCGCUGGACGUGGGUCUUAGUGUCCCUUUCACACCCGCCACAGCUGAUUAUAGUAUGUCCGCCGCUCAUAUCAGGUAGGAAGUGAUUGAAGCAGGGGGUAAAGAGAAAACAGCAGAAAAGCAGAAAAAAGACAAAAGACACACCCCGAGAGAAGUAAACUCCAGAAGGGAACCAGGAACUCCUCCCUUCCCUGGUGAGUAUUUCCAUUAUUCCGUUAAGGUUUAAUAUGCAUUCAGAUUACUUUUACUAAAUAGUACACCAUAAAGCUUUUGUUAUAUAUUAAAUGUAAACUGAAAGGAAUGUAAACAAAUGUAUUGUUAAUUAUAAAUAUAGAUAAGUAAUGACAUAAUAGAUGAAAAGGUCUUAUUCAGAUGUAUCACAUUCAUUUUACAUUACCCAUCUAUUGUCGCAUGGUAGAAUAGUUUUUUGUCUCUGAAUAUGUGAAUAACUUGACUUGCGUUUAUCUUUUUACAUAUUUAAUAAAAAAAAAGUAUAUGUUAAAAUCA